GCAGUGGGUCAACAGACACAUGGACAUAUCUGCAGCAACACGAAAAGGAGGUGGAGUGGUAUUCACCCUUUGGAGGGGAAGUGGAAGUGACCAAUGAGGUCCACCUUACAUUAGUGAGAACACGCCUCCUCUCUCUUUCUGUUUCUGUCUCUCUAUCACAAUCAGAAAGGGGAAGAAAGGAGAGCUAUAUUCCAGGACAUCGUUGGUUCGGUUUCUUUGGCAAGUUACUUAUGAAAGCAUGUUCUGAAUGACUUACUCCCCACAAGGACUAGUGUAUAUGCAAAUAUGAGGUUCGGGCAGGGCUUGUCCCUCCUGUUGAUUCUUUAUGUGGCACCUUUUGAUGCCUGGUUGUGGGACAGUCCGGUUGUGACAAAGGCCCCAGACGUGGAGGAAGACAUUUCUGGAAGUAAGGAGGAGAACAUUGCUGGUGUCGGAGCGGAAAUCAUUGAUGUUGCCAGCGGCAUCCAGGAAUUUGUGCAGAACUGGGACCAGAAGCCAAAUGUGAAUGAGGCGGUAUCAGUGAGGACACCUGGCAUCUCCGAGAAGUUUGGCCAUAUCAAAACGGGUAAUACUAAGUCUUUAUCUGAGGGAGUAGAACAUGAAAUAGAUGGUGGUGCCAGUGGGUCAGGCUCAGGGCACACUUUGGAUUUGGCUCAAGAAGGCAGAGCGACCAACCUUACAGGGAUUUGGGUCACUGACAGCAGUUUAAGCAUAUUUAGCACCCCUGCUCUUCCAAAGGACUCCAUUAACUGUUUACCGAAAGGUUCUGAUUGGCCUUUCUGUUUAUCCCAUGGUGCAGGCACAUUUUCUGUACCUAAUUUUUUUAACCACACCCGGGCAGAGGAUGUGGCUGCUGUAAUGAAUGAAUGGGUUUGGCUCCUGCGUUCAGGCUGCCACCAUGGUUUGGAAUGGUUUUUUUGCCUACUGUUGGCACCAAGAUGCCAUCAGCCUUCUGAAAGAUUUGGGGUAGCCUUGCUGCCCUGCAGGACUUUUUGUGAGGUGCUGCUGGACAGCUGCUGGACAGUCCUACAGGAGAGGGGCCUGCCUUUGGCCUGCCACACCCUCCCCGAAAGACCAGAUCCCAGUCAGCCAUGCUUUACCGUUAGUAACGACAAAGAAGAAAGUGGAAUCACUCUGCUGCAACUUAUUGGGGACACACCACCACACAUCCCCUGGGUGCUCGGCCCAAAUGGUCAAACUGCAUAUGUUUUUAAUAAGGACACCAAUUCAAGGCAGAUGGCACGUGCCCACCUUCCCAGUACCUUUUAUCGAGACUUCUCAAUCGUGUUCCACUUGAAGCCCACUUCUGACGAUGCCGGGGUGAUCUUCUCCAUCACCGAUUCCGACCAACAGAUCAUGUAUGUAGGGGUCAAGCUCUCGGCUGUGGAGGACGGCAAAAGGAAAGUUCUUUUUUAUUACACGGAGCCUGAUUCGGAUGAAUCUAGAGAGGUGGCCAGCUUUGAGGUGCCACACCAGCCUGAUGAGUGGAGCCGUUUCUCUUUGGCUGUUAGCCUGGAUCAGUUGUCUUUCUAUGAUGACUGUGAUUCUGAGCCCAAAGUGGUCAAGUUUGAGCGCUCACCUGAUGAUAUGAAGAUUGAGGCAGACACUGGCAUCUUUGUGGGACAGGGUGGGACUGCUGACCCGGACAAAUUUCAGGGUCUGAUCUCAGAGUUGAGGGUGGUUGGUAACCCAAGAGUUGCUCAGCAUCAUUGUGAUGAAGCAGACGAUGAUGAUGAUGAUGAUGAUUAUGGUUCAGGGGGCAGUGGAAGUGGAAUGGUGGACACAAAAGAGAAAGGAUACAACGCAGCCUCAGUUUUGCAGCCCCUGCCUCCACCACCUGUUUCUACGAUGAAACGCAAGCCUAAGCUUGACAUAGAUGAUCAUCAGAAAGAGACAGGUGUCUCUGAUACUAAAGGAAAUAAAGGGACAAAGGGAAAGAAGGAGGACCAAGAAGACCCGGGCCUUAAAGGGCCAAAGGAUGACUUGUCAGCUCAUGAGACUUCAAUCUCUAGCACAGACGGACCCCGUAGAGAAAAGGAUACAACUGGGUCUGGAUAUCCUGGCACUAAAGGUGAUCGUGGACCUCCAGGGCCACCUGGGCCUCCUGGACCCCAGGGUCCAUUAACAGAAUUGGUAGACACCGGGGACGAAAAAGUGUUGAAGGUGCAGGGUCUAAUGGGCCCAUCUGGACCACCAGGACCAGAGGGACCAUCCGGUCCCCGUGGCCCCCAGGGGAAAUCAGGUGAUCCAGGAAAGGAGGGCAAACCUGGCUCUGAAGGACCUCGUGGUUUUCCAGGAACACCUGGACCUGAAGGGCAGAAGGGAGAAAAAGGUCAAGGACAACCAGGCCCUAGAGGUCUACCUGGGCCACCUGGACCAUUUAUCUUAGACAGAAAUGCCUUUGUGGAUAUGGAAGGUUCGGGGGUGCUGCCAGGUGUUUGUGGUCCUCCCGGCCCACCUGGACCUCCUGGGCCCCCAGGACCUGGUAUAGAAUCAGAAUUUAAUGGAGCUACUGCUUCCCCUGGACUAAAUGGAGGCCCUGGGCAUCCUGGGUCUCCAGGUCGACCUGGAAAACCUGGUGCUCCUGGGCCUCCAGGACCCCCAGGACAAAAGGGAGACUGUGGUAAGGUUGGCUUGCCUGGAGUUACAGGGGAAGAGCAAAGCUCCUCCUCUGCUUUUACUUCUUUUUUCGCCAAUUGGUUCCCUUCCUGGGAGGCUAGUGGGGCACAGGGUUCACAGGGUUCUACAGGGAUCUCAGGGAAGGAAGGGCUACCUGGGCUCCCUGGAUCUAUGGGGCCUCAGGGACCUCCAGGAUCUCCAGGACCUCCUGGACCCCCGGGGCCAGCCAUCCGAAUUACUGCUGAUGGAGAAGAAAAAGAAAUUGCUCUUAAUUAUAUUCCAGGUAUCAUGGGGCCACCAGGUCCACAGGGACCUCAGGGCAUACCUGGACUACCGGGCAAGGCUGGUUUCCCAGGUCUCUCAGGUCAGAAAGGUGAUGAAGGGCGAAGAGGACGAGAAGGAAUCCCAGGGUUAGAUGGAUUCCCUGGACCAAUAGGACUAAAGGGAGAAAGAGGAUGGAAAGGUGACAAAGGUGAGCGUGGUCCUUUGGGAGGACCUCCUGGACCACCAGGGCCACCAGGUCCUCCAGGACAAAUUAACUGUAGUAUUUGCACUGGUCCAUCUGGUAUACUUGGUCAGGCAGGAUUUCCAGGACCAAUGGGACCAAAAGGUGACAGGGGAGCACUUGGACAACAAGGAGCCUCUGUCAAGGGUGAGAAGGGUGAGCCUGGCCUGAUCCUUGACUCUAGCGGUAACCCCGUUUACAUUGGUGGACAAGCUGGACAGUCGGGACCAGCUGGGCCACCUGGACCAAAAGGUGAAAUAGGAAUUCCAGGUAGACCAGGUCGACCAGGCCUGAAUGGUAAAAAAGGGGGGAAAGGCGAUUCAGGCAUCGGUGGAGGAUAUGGUUAUGGUCAACCGGGACCCGCUGGGCCUCCCGGCCCUCCUGGACCUCCAGGUUCUGUGGGAAGAUACAAUGGUUAUGAUGACAGCAGCUCAAGGUUUACCUAUGCUGUCAAAGGAGAAAAGGGUGAACGAGGAACUUCUGGCAUCCCUGGCUUGCCAGGUCUCACUACCACCUUUGACAUUUAUGCAUUUAAGAAUGAGAUGAAAGGGGAGGCGGGUCUUAAAGGAGAGAAGGGAGAACCAGGGGGAGGUUUUCAUGGCCAUUACGGUGGCGCACAGGGUACACCUGGAAGACCUGGACCACCGGGACCAAGAGGAGAAUCUAUUCAUGGACCUCCUGGCCCCCCAGGAACGGGUUAUGAUGGACGCCCAGGUAGUCCUGGACCGCCAGGUCCACCUGGACCCCCAGGAUCAUCUCUGCCAGGAAUCCGUAUUCCAGGGCCACCUGGGUCUCCCGGACCCCCUGGACCCUUAUCUGGGGUUUUAAUUUUAAGGACCUUCGACGCGAUGGCUCCUACCACUCGCCAGCAUCGAGAAGGCACGCUGAUCUAUGUUAAAGAGAACAGAGAACUUUAUAUGAGAGUAGAUGACGGCGUCAGACAAGUCAUGCUAGGAGAAUACAAGCCUUUUCCAAGGGAUCUGGAUAACCCUGUGGCUGCUGUGGAGACCCCUUUAGUUGUGCAUUACACUUACGACGACCCCACAUUGUCUCCCCCACGAGCCCCUCCUCCACCAGAAGCCCAGUACCCUGUGUUACCCGAUCCCAGAUACCAGCCGCCACAUGACACACGAUACCAAGGACAGAUAGAACCAACUGAUACCAGACACUCCGAUCCACGAUACUCUCCAUCAGCUGGCACUGUUUAUCAAGGCUAUCCUGAUCCGAGACGCCACCCUCACAGCAGCCACCCACAUCCAGACAGCAGACAUCACACUACACACCAUCACAGGCCUGUUGUUCAAGAGCUUCCGUCCCACACGCACACAUCAGGUCCUGCGCUCCACUUGGUCGCCCUUAACUCACCCCAAACGGGCGACUUGCUGGGUAUUAAAGGUGUAGACCACCAGUGUUUCUUACAGGCCCAAGCCAUUGGGCUCAAAGGAACUUUUAGGGCUUUCCUUUCAUCACGGUUACAGGAUCUGUAUACUAUUGUUCGAAAGGAUGACAGGGAUCGGCUUCCUGUAGUAAAUCUUAAAGAUGAAGCAUUAUUCAGUGAUUGGGAGUCCAUCUUUAGCGACUCGGAGGGCAGAAUAAGCGAUGACACACAUAUCUAUUCAUUUGACGGUCGAGAUGUUCUCAAUGAUGAUGCCUGGCCUGAAAAGAUGGUAUGGCAUGGAUCAAGCACUCGCGGUCACAGGCAGACGGACAGUUACUGUGAGACGUGGAGAACCAGUAGUUAUGCCGUCACUGGCAUGGCUUCCUCUCUCCAAGAUGGCUACCUGCUUCAGCAGUCACCACGCAGCUGCACCAGCUCUUUUAUCAUACUGUGCAUUGAAAACGCCUACAUUGCUAAGUAAACCAGAACUGCCAAACCAAACAAUGUGAUUUGUGACGAUACACAGUGGUUUUAACAAAAUCACCAUACCCCAUUGGAAUAGUAUUUUUUGUCUUACAGCCCAAAAUGAAGAGCCAUUUUAAGUUUUAAAGCUCAUUUUGUUGACAAAUUGUGCCUUGCUACAUUUACUUAAUAAAAAAGACAAAAGUUCCAAAAAAACACAUUGAAUACAUUUCUACCAGCUUCACGCAUCUAAGAUUUUGGAAAAUUUGCCCAUUUUUCUUACAUGUAGAAUUUAGAGGUUUGGCUAAAUGUGGGGUCCAACCACUGUUUUUGGGGGGGAUUUGUUAAGACUGCUUUUCUUAAACCACUGCAUUGAUUUUGCAGCAUUGUGGGUCGAUUUUGUUCCGUUUUAAAAUAUUUUCACUUAUGUUGGUUGUUGUAUGAUUCUAUAGGCACUGUACAUUUAGUUGUUUUUUUAUUUAAACUUAAGCAAUUAUAAACAUACAGUAUAUUAUGUGUGCCCCUUUCACCACAAGCCUUAACAAACACAUUUGAGAGACGAAAACAGACAACGAAACAGUGAUCGUUUCUUAAAAAAAUCAAACCACACUUAAUUCGGAGGGUAAAUCACUGUAUUGUGUUUUCUAAAAACGUACUGUAUAUACAGUACAUGUUUACACAUAACAUGGCAGUAUAAAGCCAACCCAAAACAUCUCUGAAUUAUGUGCUCACUAUAUUGUUGUCACUUUCAAAACAGAACUGUGGUGCUUUAAAGUGGAUGUUUACAAGUGCCUUUACAAUACAUUGCCAAAGAAAUUAACUUACAAAUCGUUUGUAACUAAUGAUUUUAGAAGUACAUUUUCAUUAUCAUUUCAAUGUCUUCAUGUAUUAGUAUUGUUUUUUUUAAACAUAUCUACAGUAUGCAGCAUUUUUUUCAUUUGUAUACUUGGCAACUUUUUUACAUUUUAUAUUUAUUUUAACUAUAAUACAAUUAACAAUGGCAAUUUAACAAACAUUUAGUUCAGUUGUUUAGGUGACCCCAUUGAAUCUCAACUCUGGGAUCCAUUAUCAUGUCGCUGUAUUUUCAAUGAUACGUUAUUAAACAUGACCUCUAAACCCAUUUGUUGUUUACUUCUGAAAACUCGAUCUUCUGGUGAUUAACUCAAUGUUGCAGAUCAGAUCAACUUAACAGUUAACAAAAACAUAUACAGUGUAUUACCCCAACCAAUUCCUAUUUCUCUUUACCUUUUGAAUACCUAAAAAAUACUGUUUGGAUAAAUGUUUCUCUAAGGAGAUAAAUGUAACUCCUUACUUAUUCACAGUAUACACAGUGUAUGUUUUACAUCAAAGAUCCAAAAACUACAUUAGAUUACACCCAUUACUCAUUAGAUAAAGAGAAAAGAGAACAGUUUUACUAGCACCCUACAUAUUUAAUCAUAUGCAGGGUGGUCA